UCUCCUGUCAUUUUCGACAGAACAGCUGGACGUAAACAACAAUUAAGAAGAGAAAAUAAUACAAAAUUUUAAUUUUCACAUUUUUUUACAUUUUCAAAACUAUGAAAUAAAAUUUAAUAUAAAAUAGAUAAAAUACUAGAGAAUAUUUGUUUGAAUAUAUAGAAGAAUUUUUUAAAUAUGGAAACGGGAACAACAGCAGCAACCAACAGCCAACAAAAGAUCAAUCCACACUCUAGUAUACAACCACAACAGCCAGCCACACAAACUGUAGACCCAAAUGAGCCACAACAUGAUGUUAAAUUACAAAAUGUAGUAGCCACUGUGUCUCUGGCCUGCGAAUUAAAUCUACAAGAUAUUAACAAUCGCACCCGUAAUUCCGAAUAUACACCAUCACGUUUUCAUGGUGUUGUUAUGCGCAUGCGUGAGCCACGUUGCACAGCCUUAAUAUUUCGUACGGGUAAAAUUAUUUGCACUGGAGCACGCAACGAAGACGAAGCUUCUUUGGGUACACGAAAAUUUGCCCGCAUCAUACAGAAACUGGGCUAUCCUGUUAAAUUUACCGAAUUUCGUUUACAGAAUAUAGUGGCAACAGUCGAUUUACGUUUUCCCAUACGUUUGGAAAAUCUCAAUCAAGUCCAUGGCCAAUUUAGUUCAUAUGAGCCGGAAUUGUUUCCGGGUCUUAUAUAUCGUAUGGUUAAACCACGUAUGGUUAUGUUAAUAUUUGUCAAUGGUAAAAUUGUUUUUACGGGAGCGAAGGCACGUAAAGAUAUUUUAGAAUGUUUGGAUUUAAUAUAUCCCAUAUUACUAAGUUUUCGUAAGAAUUAAAAGAAAUUGUUAUUUAUAAAACCUACAUAAACUCAUAUAAAAAUAUUAAGAAAAAACGGAGAAAGUGGAAUAGGCAUUUUUGAAAUAAAUUUAGGCAAAUAUCUUUGUAUUUUUUA